AUGGCGCAAAAUUCAUGCGCAAAGGGGGCACAUAGCCGAGAGCGUACGAGUGGUCGCCCGCCGCUCGGCCGCGCCGCCGCGCUACCGCAUGGCGCCAAGUCGCCAGAUUGUGAGCGCGAGCUCGCGCGACCACGACACGCGCGCGACCCUCCCGCGACCAGCGCCGCGUCCUCCACGCGUGAGGUCCACGUAUCGCACCCAACAGUCCGACUGCCGACAAGCACACCGGUCACAAGUCACAAUACGAGAGCGCCACCGACCCAAACCUACACUGACACGGCCUUUAAUUAUGUAUGA